CUAAUGGGUUAAUAUAUUGGGUACACACUUCUUUGUUGCCUUUUGGAUGCAUGGAUGACCACAAAUAUUUAUUCAAAGUUGUUCUUGUUGGAAAUGCUGGCGUUGGCAAGACGUGUUUGGUCCGGAAAUUUACUCAGGGAGUAUUUCCGCCUGGACAAAGUGCAACAAUCGGUGUGGAUUUUAUGAUUAAAACGCUGAACGUAAAUGGAGACAAGAUAAAACUGCAAAUUUGGGAUACCGCUGGGCAGGAACGUUUUAGGUCAAUAACCCAGUCCUAUUACCGAUCAGCCCAUGCGAUUGUACUUGCUUAUGAUGUCUCUUGUCAGCCAACAUUUGAUUGUAUUAAUGAAUGGAUAAAUGAAAUUGAGCAAUACGCGAAUAAGAAAGCACUUAGAAUUCUUGUUGGCACAAAAGUUGACAAGGAAGAAGAGCGAGAAGUUCCAACACACAUUGGAGAGUCUUUUGCUGCUGCAAAUAAUUUUGAUUAUUUUGUUGAGACUAGCGCUGCAAGUUCUGAAAAUGUUGAAAUACUUUUUCAAGAAGUGGCUACUCGUCUUGCUACUGAAAUGAGAAAAGAUGAAACUAGAUAUGGUGGAAACAAAUCUCGUAAUUUAAAUAACGAAAAUGGAAUCAAUUUGGUUGGAAGAGCACAACAACAAAUUCGAAAUGCGCAAAGUAAUUGCUGUGGGUAACUUAAACUUUUUUGAAGGAUUUUCAAGUUUUUGUGUUGUAAGUUGUCUAGAAUUCGACGAGUAGUGUAUAUCAGGGAUGUCACGGGUUAUCCGAAAUCUGAACUUUUUUUCGAUCUGAAACCCGUUCGAGGCGGUUUUCCAAAACCUGUUUUUCCCUUUCCCCAACUGACUGAUCCGAAACCCGAUUUCUUUCUUCGACCCGUGACAUUCUUGUAUUUUGGAUGUAUUUUGGAUAUCUUUAACAAAAAUUUUAAUUUUCUUUUUUAUUGAGAUAACGAAAUUUCUUAAGUUGCCUUUAUUCUAACAUUUUUAUACAAAUUUCUGAUCGCCUUCUUUUCUCUUAUUAACAUGCUUAAACAAUUUUUUUUAUUUUUAUCACAUUUUCUGUGAUUUAAUUAAUCUCUUUUUCUUAAUAAUUAAUUAUUCUUAUACCCAUUUUUUCUGCCUUAUCCAAAUUAUAAUCAUAAUAAUUAGCCUAGUGAAUGUUAAAGACCUGGGAGUGAGAAUUUUUCCCUUUAAACAGUUGUCGAUAUU